CAAGGGAAGCAGUGCGAGUCUGGACGUGGCAGCUGAAGGAAAUAAAGUGACUUUAAUAAAAUGUAAAGUGACUUUGGCAAUGUGUCAGGACAAGAAGCUGAGUUUUUCCUGAGAAUACAGAGAGGAAAGAGCUUGACAUGUCUCUGCUGUGUGUCAGAGUGAAGAAAGCCAAACUCCAGGGCCCUCCAGGCAAAUUCAAUGCCUACGUGACCCUGAAGGUGCAGAAUGUCAAGAGCACGACCAUCACGGUGCGGGGAGACCAGCCAUGCUGGGAGCAGGACUUCAUGUUUGAGAUCAGCCGCUUGGACCUGGGGCUCAUCGUGGAGGUCUGGAAUAAAGGUCUCAUCUGGGACACCAUGCUGGGGACGGCGUGGAUUCCGCUCAAAAGCAUCUGCCACUCAGAAGAGGAAGGUCCUGGAGAGUGGACGUUUCUGCACUCGGAGGUUCUGAUGAAGGCAGAUGAAAUCUGCGGCACCAAGAACCCGACGCCUCACCAGGUCCUCCUGGACACUCGCUUCGAGCUUCCCUUUGAAAUCCCAGAGGACGAGGCUCGGUACUGGUCCAGCAAACUGGAGAGCAUCAACGCCAUGGGAAUGCACGAUGAGUUCCCGCUGCAGGAUGACGGAGUAGGACACCCUCUACCUUUAGCAGCAUCUCAGUGUUCGUUGGAUGAUCUGGACAGUGCAGUGGACGAUCGUGACAGUGACUACAGGAGUGAAACGAGCAACAGUCUACCACCGCGGUACCACACCACAGCUCAGCCGAACUCCUCUGUACACCAGUACCCAGUGGGACCACGUUUUCAGCAGCACCCAGAUUCCUGCACAGAUUCGGUGCACAGUUUUGAACUGGACUAUAGAGACAAUCAUCCAAGCAGUCCUGCCGGCAGUAGUCAUUUUGGAUCUUCAGGAAACCUCAGUCAAGCCAGUUCUCCAUUAAGUGAGACGGGCCAAGAAAGUGUUAUAGGUUCAGAGCUGAAGGAAACCUAUCACUCAUUCCACAGUACAGGAUAUCGCCCUCCUUCAAAUGGACAACACACAGCCAAUGAACAUAGGUCCUGGGGAGAGGAUGAGGGUUUGAAAUCUUCUCAAGAGAAGGGAAGGCAUGAAAGCAGCACCUUAAAUAAAGACAGUUUUUCUGAAGUGGUGAAGGGGCCGGAAACAUCUCAAAAAAGCCUCCCGGAUGGUGGAUCCAUUUCGUCUGUCUCCGCUUCACGAGUCCGCUGGAUAAAGGCCUUCAACAAAGUGAGACUUCAGCUUGAGGAGAGACGGGAGGAUGGAGACAGUUCCAGACAGGACUGGAUCAAAGCAGGUGGCAGUGGCCUGUUUGGGAUUGACAGCAUGCCGGAUUUGCGGAAAAGGAAACCAAUCCCUCUUGUUAGCGAUGUGGCAGUGGUCCAGGCCAGAAAAGCAGGCAUUGCAUCUGCCAUGGCUUCCCGAGCCUCCAUUAAAGACGAGGAGCUGAAGAACCACGUGUAUAAGAAAACCCUGCAGGCUCUGAUCUAUCCCAUCUCCUGCACGACGCCUCAUAACUUCGAGAUCUGGACGGCGACGACUCCGACGUACUGCUACGAGUGUGAAGGGCUGCUGUGGGGUAUCGCACGCCAGGGCAUGAGAUGUACCGAGUGCGGGGUGAAAUGCCACGAGAAAUGUCAGGAGCUCCUUAACGCAGACUGCCUGCAGCGGGCGGCGGAGAAAAGUUCAAAGCAUGGCGCUGAAGAUCGCACUCAGAACAUCAUCAUGGCCAUGAAGGACCGCAUGAAGAUCAGGGAGAGGAACAAACCUGAGAUCUUCGAGCUCAUCAGGGAUGUGUUCAUGAUCAGCAAACCGGUCCACGCACAGCAGAUGAAGACCAUCAAACAGAGCGUUCUGGACGGGACCUCCAAGUGGUCGGCUAAGAUCAACAUCACCGUGAUGUGUGCACAGGGCCUGCAAGCCAAAGAUAAGACAGGCUCCAGCGACCCUUACGUGACAGUCCAGGUGGGAAAGACGAAGAAGCGCACCAAGACCAUAUACGGCAACUUGAACCCGGUGUGGGAGGAGAAGUUCCACUUUGAAUGCCACAACUCGUCAGAUCGCAUUAAGGUGCGCGUGUGGGACGAAGACGAUGACAUCAAGUCCCGCGUGAAGCAGAGGCUCAAGAGGGAGUCUGACGAUUUCCUGGGACAGAGCAUCAUCGAGGUGCGCACGCUCAGCGGAGAAAUGGACGUCUGGUACAACCUGGAGAAAAGGACCGAUAAGUCCGCGGUGUCUGGUGCUAUCCGUCUUCACAUCAGUGUGGAAAUUAAAGGGGAAGAGAAAGUGGCUCCGUAUCAUGUGCAGUACACCUGUCUACACGAGAACCUGUUCCACCACACCACAGACGUGCUCGGCCAGGGAGCGGUGAAGAUCCCCGACACUCGUGGCGAUGACGCCUGGAAGGUCUACUUUGACGACGUGGCGCAGGAAAUCGUGGACGAGUUCGCAAUGCGUUAUGGGAUCGAGUCCAUCUACCAGGCCAUGACGCACUUUGCGUGUCUUUCGUCGAAGUACAUGUGUCCGGGUGUUCCUGCGGUGAUGAGCACCCUGCUGGCCAACAUCAAUGCCUUCUACGCUCACACCACUGCCUCCACCAACGUCUCCGCCUCUGACCGCUUCUCCGCCUCCAACUUCGGGAAAGAAAAGUUCGUCAAGCUCUUAGACCAGCUGCACAAUUCCUUACGCAUCGAUCUCUCCAUGUACCGCAAUAAUUUCCCUGCUAGCAGUAAGGAUCGUCUGCAGGACCUGAAGUCCACUGUGGAUCUCCUCACUAGCAUCACUUUCUUCAGGAUGAAGGUGCAGGAACUGCAGAGCCCUCCGAGAGCCAGCCAGGUGGUGCGAGACUGUGUGAAAGCCUGCCUGAACUCCACCUACGACUAUAUCUUUAACAACUGCCAAGAGCUGUACAGUCGCCAGUACCAGCCUGUAGGAGAACCGAAUAAAGAAGAAUGUCCUCCAGAAGAACAGGGUCCGAGCAUCAAGAAUCUGGACUUCUGGCCCAAACUUAUCACGCUGAUAGUUUCCAUUAUAGAGGAGGAUCGCAACUCGUACACGCCCGUUCUCAACCAGUUUCCUCAGGAGCUCAACGUAGGGAAGGUGUGUGCCGAGGUGAUGUGGGUUCAGUUUUCACAGGAUAUGAAGUACGCCAUGGAGGAGCACGAGAAGCAUCGUCUGUGUAAGAGUGCUGACUACAUGAACCUGCACUUUAAGGUCAAGUGGCUCUGUAACGAGUAUGUCAAGGAUCUGCCUGCCUUUAAAGAAUCCAUUCCUGAGUACCCCAUGUGGUUCAUGCAGUUCGUGCUGCAGUGGUUGGAUGAAAACGAGGACGUGUCCAUGGAGUUUAUGCAUGGUGCCCUCGAGCGGGACAAGAAGGAUGGCUUCCAGCAGACAUCCGAGCACGCUCUGUUCUCCUGCUCCGUGGUGGACGUGUUCACGCAGCUCAACCAGAGCUUUGAGAUUAUUAAGAAGCUGGAGUGUCCUGACCCCAAAGUCAUGGCUCUCUACAGCCGCCGCUUUGCCAGGACGAUUGCCAAGGUCCUGCUGCAGUACAGUGCCAUUCUGAAGAAGAAUUUCCCGUCCUACUGCGACAAGGAGAAGAUUCCCUGCGUUCUGAUGAACAACGUGCAACAGCUGCGAGUCCAGCUCGAAAAGAUGUUCGAGUCAAUGGGAGCCAAACAGAUGGACACAGAAGCCAGCGACAGCCUGAAUGAGCUCCAGGUGAAGCUGAACAACGUGCUGGAUGAGCUGAGCUCCACGUUUUCAAACACUUUUCAGAGUCGUAUCGAUGAGUGCACUCGGCAGAUGGCGAGUCUGCUCUACCAGAUCAAAGGGCCAGCAAACGCCAACAGCCGUAACCAAGUGGAGGCCGAUUCGGACAACAUGCUCCGCCCACUCAUGGAUUUCCUGGACGCGAAUCUGAUGCUGUUCGCGUCAGUGUGUGAGAAGACGGUUCUGAAGCGUGUCCUGAAGGAGUUGUGGAGGAUCGUGAUGAACAGUGUGGAGAAGACCAUCGUCCUGCCUCAAGGCAACGACAGCUUCGGAAACAUCUUUUCAGCAGCCAAAGAUCUGGGCCAGCUCUCCAAGCUCAAGGAUCACAUGUCUGGGGAAGCCAAAAGCCUGACGCCUAAGCAGUGUGCGGUCAUGGACGUGGCUCUGGACACCAUAAAGCAAUACUUCCAUGCUGGAGGAAACGGGUUGAAGAAGGCCUUCCUGGAGAAGAGCGCAGAGCUCCUGUCACUCCGUCACGCCCUCUCUCUUUAUACACAGACCACAGACACCCUCAUCAAGACCUUCGUCACUACACAGCAUGCCCAGGGCUCAGGUAUAGAGAAGCCAGUGGGAGAGGUGUCCAUACAGAUCGAUCUGUUCACUCAUCCAGGCACAGGAGAGCACAAGGUCACGGUUAAAGUGGUGGCGGCAAACGAUCUGCGGUGGCAGACAUCCGGAAUGUUUCGUCCGUUCGUGGAGGUGACGAUGAUCGGGCCGCACCUCAGCGACAAGAAACGCAAAUUCACAACCAAAUCCAAGAACAACAGCUGGGCGCCGAAAUUCAAUGAAACCUUCCACUUUAUCCUGGGGAACGAGGACGGUCCGGAGUGUUACGAGCUCCAGGUGUGCGUGAAGGACUACUGUUUCGGCCGAGCGGACCGCGUGGUGGGCGUCGCCGUCAUCCAGCUGCGCGACGUGGCUCAAAAAGCGAGCUGCGCCUGCUGGUGUCCUCUGGGCUCGCAGGUGCACAUGGACGACACGGGGCUGACCGUGCUGCGCAUCCUGUCCCAGCGCUCAGGGGACGAGGUGGCCAAGGAGUUUGUCAAGCUCAAAUCUGAAACCCGGUCCGCUGAGGAGGGGAGAUGAGGACUUUAUCUCAGAGAAAAGAUGGACAGGUGUGAUUAUUCUGUAGUACUUGAAGGAUCCGUUUGGAGGACGUCGAGGACAGAGAACGAGUAUGAGAACCUCCUGUCUCCCUAUUCGUCCAGCUUUUCUGUAAUAUAAUCUCUCUCUCUUUCUCUCGUUGCCACAAGUCACAUGACUUUCUUUCUCUGUUCUUUGUCUCCUGUACAUGUGUAUAUACUGUACAAGUGUGUGUGAGUGAAAUAAGCCUCAAACGCCGGGUCCCUGUUUGUAUUGUGCACUUUCUUUUCCACUACCUGCCAUUUCACUGUACCUCGUCUGUAUUAAUGCCUUAUCUUGUCGAAUGUGUCAAAUUUGAAGGACUGUAGAUUUAUUUCUUUAUUACUUUUGAUUAAUUUUUUUGUAUUUAAACAUUUAACAACGUCUUACUUUCUGAGUAUCAGCCCACACAAAGCCAAACCCGACUGAAAACCCUGAUGCGUCUGAUCCCUAACCGUGUGCCUUCUGAGCUGCGUGAGCAGGAGUGUGUGUAUGUUUAAGUGUGUGUGUGUGUUUCAGAUGACCGAUGAUCCUUUUGCUUUCAGUCUCCCUCAUCAGCAGUAUGGAGAGAAUUCUAAGAGCCUUUCAUACAAAUUCAUACAGAGUAAAAUACCAUCAGGUGUGUGCAGUGAGUGGGUUUUAUAUUAAGAUCACUUAAAGGGGCAGUGUGUGUGUGUGUGUGUGUGUGUGUGUGUGUGUGUGUGUGUGUGUGUGUAUGUGUGUGAUUUUUGCAGCCCAUCAGCCAAGUCCAGUGCCACUGUUAAAAAGUGAUAUAUACCACUGCAAAAAAACAACAACAUUUUUUAAAGGUUAUAUUGAAAACUGUAUGAUUUUCUUUUUUUGACUCUUUUUGGUUUUCUUUUGAAACACUGCACCUGCUCUGUUCCACUGUAUUAUGAGAAGCGUUGUUUAUUAAACGAGUGCAAGGGAUUUCACUCUGUGAGAAAGCUCUCCCGCACUCUCACUCUUUCUGUAUAAUGAUUACGAGACGGCCAGUGUUUGAUACGUUUAUUUCCAGUGAGACGUCGUGUUUGUUAAUAAAAUGUGUUAAUGAUUUUAAAAAUAAAUAAAUACAUUUAAAAAAAAUGCCAAAUGAAUAAAAUGUGUGAG